GCACGCAGAGGCGAUGCGUGCGGCGCCGGCGAGUGGUGCGGGGCCGGGGGGCAGCUUCCUCUCAGGGAAGGCCGUGCGAGUGCGGAGCUUUGUUGGUGUUUCGGGCGUGUGAAGGAGGAGGCCCCGUAGGGCCUAGUUGUGGCCACAAAGCCCGGGCGGGCAGUGGAGCAAGGCGCCCGGGUGCUGUGUUGGCCGGAGGGUGCGGAGCUGGAAGAAGGUUUGUCAAAUAUGAUGGAGAGCAGCUCAGCAAUUACCUCAACCAGCUCCUUCAGAAUCCUGGGAUGCACACCAUCUGGCACCAUGGACUUGUACGCAUUCAGUCCUUGACAGCAGCCCUGCAGAGAAGGACCUGGGGGUCCUGAUGGAUGAAAAGCUUAACAUGAGCCAGCAGUGUGCCUUUGCAGCUCAGAAAGCAAGUGGCAUCUUGGGCUCCAUCAGAAGAGGGGUGGCCAGCAGGGACAGGGAGGUGAUUGUCCCCUUCUACUCUGCUCUUGUGAGGCCCCUCUGGAGUACUGUGUCCAGGUCUGGAGCCCCCAGUACAAGAAAGACAGGGAGCUGUUGGAGAGGGUCCAGAGGAGGGCCACAGAAAUGAUUGGAGGGCUGGAGCACCUCCCCUACAAAGACAGGCUGAGGGAGCUGGGCUUGUUCAGCCUGGGGAAAAGAAGGCUGCGGGGUGACCUCAUUGCAGCGUUCCAGUACCUAAAGGGAGCCUACAAACAGGAGGGGAGUCAACUCUUUACAAGGGUAGAUAACUGCAGGACAAGGGGAAAUGGUUUUAAGUUGAAGGGGGGAAGAUUUAGGUUGGGUAUCAGGGGGAAGUUCUUUACUAUGAGAAUGGUGAGGUGCUGGAACAGGCUGCCCAGAGAGGUGGUGGAUGCCCCAUCCCUGGAGGUGUUCAAGGCCAGAUUGGAUGGGGCCCUGGGCAGCCUGGUCUGGUAUUAAACAUGAAGGCUAGUGGCCCUGCAUGUGGCAGGGGGCUUGGAGAUUCAUGAUCCUUGAGGUGCCUUCCAAGCUGGGCCAUUCUGUGAUUCUGUGAAGAUGUGCUUCCUCUGGACGUCCGUUGUCGGGCCGAGCCAGGGCUGCAGUUGUGUGUGAUUGUGUUUGUUGCUUGGGAGAAGUGCUGCCUUAGUAGGCUGGGGGGGAGGGAGAGGGAGAUUUUCAGACUGGCAUCAGUCAGGAGCGCGGCACGUUUCUGCGUGCUUUGCUCAUGCUGUUGUGUGGGUCCCCGCGAAGCAUGGGUGAGCCAGGGUGGCCCCGUGUGUGUGUGCCAGCAUUGUGCGCGGGUUUGGAAUGGAGUCAGAGUGAUUGUAAUGACAAUGCAGCUGGCGGUAUUUCUGGUAGGGAAUGGUUGAAUCCCCAGCCGUGAGGCGCAAGAAGAGGCGCUGGAUGCUAAGGUGGAAAGCGGAGCUUGUGUGUGCCAGGAGGCAGGCGUGGUGAGGUGCGCUUUGGAGCCUGCUGUUGUUGGCGCUGGGCUCGGGAGGCCCCUGAACAUGGCGCUGUGUGCUGCGUGUGCCAGCCCCAAGAGAUUCCCGUGUGGAAGAAGGGAGAGGAUGAAGGAGGCCGAGGGCCCUUUUCUCGGGGCCGGCUCCUGUGUGGCCUCUUGCUUGCCGGAGAGAAGGGCUGCCCGCUGGGCACAGGGGGUGCCUUCUAGCUGCCGUCCCGUGCCCUGUCCUGCAGCCCCCUCCUCAUGCUAUGUGGAACGCCAUGGCCAGCAGUGCGGCUGCCAUUUUAGAACCUUCGCCGCAUCACAGCCGUCACCUUGGUCACCGCUGCCCCAGCCAACGCACUCGCCUCUGAGAGCUCUGGCAGCCAUGUCAGGAGCAAAGAGAGCGAGGGGCGAAGCUUGCCCAAUUUCCAAUAGGAAGGGAGAGCUGGGGGCCCCAGAAGCGAAGAGGAGGAGGGGGGCCGCCUUGAAGAUCAAGCGGAGGAGGAAGGAAAAGAGAGUGCGUUUCCAUCGCGCCUGGACCAGCGCUGUGACCACCUCCGUGGAGCCCAUGGAGGUGGAUCCACCUCUGGAUGAGCCCAUGGAGGUGGAUCCACCUCCGGAUGAGCCCAUGGAGGUGGAUCCACCUCCGGAUGAGCCCAUGGAGGUGGAUCCGCCUGCGGCACAGCUGGCCUGGCACCACACCACCGUGCCAGGCCCCGCAUCGGCGCCGUCCCACCGCCGCUGGUCCAGGCGCUCGGCUCCCUACCCGCUGCGCGGCCCCCGCCCCCAGCAUUAGCUGGGUGGCAUUAGUUUCCAUCAGCUCCUCCUCUGGAGCCAAUUCUGCGGGCCCCCAGCUCCAUCUUCACCCUGUUAUGUCCCCGUCCCUGUUUUUCUUGUUGAUUUUAGUGUUAAGUUUAGUGUUAGUGUUAGGAGUAGGUUAUUGUUCAUGUUUUAGAGUUAGGCAUAGGUUACUCGUAGUCUUUUAGUGUUAGGCAUAGGUUCCUGUUCUUCUGUUCGAGUUAGGCAUAGGUUAGUUGUAGUCUUUUAGUGUUAGGCAUAGGUUCCUGUUCAUACUUGACAGUUAGGGGUCGAUUGCUGGUGUCAGGUGGAAGUGAGCAGCGCUCACUCGGUAAGCACACGGCUGAUUGAUCGUGCGAAGACAUGAGUGCGAGUGCCGUGAGCACGGAGGCCCGAUGGCAUCUUGGAUGGAUUGAAUUUGCAGCUUGUGACUUUUGUG